AUGGCUAAUCACAUCGGGGCACCGACCACGCGAAUAUCCAAACUUCCCACAGGCGAAGAAAGAUCCUCCACGAACUCAGAUACGUUCUUGAGCAGCUGUCGGGAUACUGGGGAUUCCAAGCAGUUGGGCGCGAAAGGAACAGCUACAGUAAAACUGGUUCUUUAUGAAUACUUGAUUCUGCUGGGGGCCAAGAGCAGUUCAUGGGAAAGCCAUCAAAGCCAAGAGAGUUUAUGUUUCGUCCUUGUGUUUUUUCAUAGAAUACCCAGAAUGAUAAACAUUUAUAAUAUCGCUGUGGUUAUUGUGGUUUUACUGCCUUCAAACCAAGGUCGGCAUCACAUAAUUAGCCGUGGACAUCUGAAGCCUCCUCUGGAGGAACCGGCCUUCUUUACAACGGAUAUAGAACCAGAUGAACUUGAUUUGAAGCAGGCGCAACAACGAAGAGUCAAGGGAGGAACAAAUAGUCAUAAGAUGCCACCUCCUGUUGGUCCUAUCAGGGACCUUCACCUAGAGCAAGAGCAAAAACGAGGAGACAGUGGAGGACAAAAGACCUUUAAGAUGCCACCUCCUCAUGGUCCUAUCCGAGAAAUCAAUCCACACGCACCAUACUUCGACGAAGGUCGUGACAGUUGUGGCCGCAAUUCAGGUUCUUCUUCACGAGUCAUCAAUGGCGAUGACGCUACUCUUGGAGAAUGGCCAUGGCAGGCCCGCUUGGAAUUCAACCAUCACCAUAUAUGUGGAGGGUCACUGAUUAUGGCAGAGUGGGUUAUGACCGCUGCUCAUUGCGUACUUAAUGAUGAUCCCAGCAAGUUUAAGGUGAUCCUUGGGGAUAUCGAUCGUAAGAAGAAUGAAGGCUCAGAACAAGAAUUUGAGGUGAAACGUAUCAUCAAACAUCGUCUAUUCUCACACCCAGUUCCAUACGAGAACGAUAUCGCCCUCUUUCAGCUUUCGCACCAAGCUUCUCGCGGCGACUUAGUGAAUACAGCUUGUUUACCAGAAUUUCUUGAAGAAGUGCCGCUUGGGAAGGAAUGUUACAUAACAGGUUGGGGACAGAUGUUUGGUAAAGGCGAUUCAGCUACGAUCCUACAACAGGCGCGAAUGCCUGUUGUCUCUAACGGAGCAUGUGCAGCAAAACUGGAUACCUCACCGAAUGGUGGGCUUCAUACUGAUAACCGAACCUGGAUAGUGACAAGCAAAAUGAUCUGCGCAGGAGAUGCAGGGCACACUAAGACAAGCGGCUGCUUUGGGGACAGCGGUGGGCCAUUGCAAUGCAAGAAUACCGCUGGCCAGUGGGUAGUGCAGGGUAUUGUGAGCUGGGGUGACCCGGAUUGUUCAUCGAGUAACCAUUACACGGUGUUCACUCGGGUCAGCGUGUUUCGCAAGUGGAUCGAGGAUAUGUUGAAAGACACAGUUAACAAAUCUGAUAAAGACAGUUAGGCACAUCUAAGCAACCACGUAUGAGCAGGAAAAUUUCGUGUUUUUAUAAAUAACAGUUAAGUUUUGAAAAGUCAGUUAAGUUACCUUUUUAGUAUUUAACUAUCAGAGGAAAUGCCGCAUAAGAGAAAAAAGAUUGUAAAUUAACUUAAACAAAUUAUUACGGGAAAGCUAUAAAGAUUGUAAAUUAACCUAAACAGGUUUAAAGUAACGGAAAAGUAAAGGUUACUUAGGAUAGAUCUCACCUAUUACAUUUCUGAGCUUGAAAUGACAGACUACUGUACGUUUCUACACAGUAACUUUUACAGUACACUCUUUCCCAUCAGUUUAUGCUCACUUUCCACUGUCGCUGUGGACUGUUCUGUGAGAAAACGGGCUAAAGCGACUCCGACAUAUCACGAACUUUCCUCGCCCUGAGCAAAAGCCAAGCUUAGUCAAGUUGGUCAUUCUAAAUCAUACGUUGUGCUGUGCAAUUGAACACCACCCUAGAAUAUUUUUACAGUUAGCAGUGAUUAACGAUCUUUAGAAUAACAUCGAAGGCAUUUUCUUCCCCCAGAUCCUACUCAUCAGCACCGGCUAUGGGCCGUGAGAAGUCUAGUUACAACAAUUAAAAAAGUUGAUAGAGGAAA